GUUGGGUGAGACUGCAACUCGCUACCAAACAGGCAACAAAAUCACUGUCAAUAGCAAUUCGCAUUGCACCAUUUGUUUUCGCUCUACAAUGCGAUAUACUAUCACAGCUUCAUCCAAACGCUCUUCAACCUUCACGUUGCACAGCCACACCUCAUCACUCUCUUCACUCUCUUCACUCUCAUUCAUUCCAUCUCCGUCGCCAUGUUGCGCUCUCUCUGGCGAUCCACCGAUCGCUUCUCCGUUCAAAACUUCCAACAUGUAAUAAACGAACUGCGGAUGAUCAACGUUGUGGACAAAAGUAACAGGGAGCUUGUGAUGGAUUUAUUGCAGUCCGUUGUGGAGAUUGUGAUGUAUGGUGAUAGACAAGAUCCGCAAAUUUUUGAAUGUUUCAUGGAGCGCCAAGUGCUGGCGGACUUUGUUCACAUUCUUAAGAUCAGUGAAGAUUCGAAAAUUCAGGCACCACUGCUUCAGUAUCUUAGCAUAAUGAUUCAAAACAUGGACAGUGAACAUUCAAUUUACUAUUGCUUCAGUAAUGGUUAUAUUAACAACAUUAUUUCACAUCCCUUCAAAUUUGAUGGACAAGACCUAGCUCCAUACUAUGUUUCUUUCCUAAGGGCCAUUAGCAGCAAAAUAAAUAGGGACACACUUUGCCUUCUUGUGGAUAUUCAGGGGGAUGCUGUAGUCUCCUUUCCCUUGUAUACUGGAGCUCUAAGAUUUGCUCAACAUGAAGAAAAGAUGAUUCAGACAGCUAUACGUGCAAUUGUUCUGAACAUCUACAACGUGAGUGAUGAAAAGGUGUAUCAAUUUAUAUCAACUCCACCAGUUUCAGAAUAUUUCUCUGACCUGAUUUGUAGAUUAAAAGAUCUAUGCUUUCGGUUAGAUGCUUUUGUCAAUGAUAAAGACAGGAAAAUGGACACUCAGAAAAGAAGAAAUGGGAUUAUUCUUGAAUCUGAAAAAAUUGCAGAUGAACUGUACUACUUCAAAGACAUUCUUAGAGUUGGCAAGCCUCGUUUGACUAUACUGGUUAUGGAAAAUCUUUUGAAUGGCCUUGUGUUACCUCUACUAUGUUCAUUUAUGGCUUCAAAGAAUAAAAAUGUGAGAUGAGAAAAUUUCCUGCAAACUAGUCUACCUUUUAGUU